UGUGUUAUAUUUUAAGUCUAUAGUUGGGGCACAUGUACAGAAGCGGGCGUUGUUUGUUAGUAUAUUCUGUGGUUUGUUGUUCAUCUAUGUUGUUGAUUAUGUAGACACAGAAAGUGAAGAAAGAUAGGAAAUCUCAGUGUUUUAAUUUUCUAAAUAUAUGUACCUAUUUUUCCUAGUUUUUUAAUGUGUGUUGUAGCAUUAUGAAGCAUCUAAAAUCAAUUUUUCUCAUAUUUGUGCAAAUAAUAUACUAUGUAAAGAACUCUAGUGCCUCCUUUAAUUUAUAUUUAAGUCCUCAGGAAAUGCAGAGACAUUUAGGAUUACAAGCCGAACUGUACUACGUUCAAGAUAAUCGCAUAAACGAAUAUGCCCUGAAUUUUACUCUUUUAUUACCUCCAAAAUUAAACACAUUAUAUUUUACAUGGAAAAAUACAGACAGUCAAGAGCUGCCAUAUUCAAUCAGUGUUGAAACAUCGAAUAGAGCUGCUAUACCAUAUCCAAAAUUAAAUAUCUCCUCAUCUGGAUCUGUUCCCACGUCAACUCAAACUUUUGCAGUAUCAGUACCAUGUACUGAGACUAUUGAUGCAGAAGUGCUUAUAUCUAUUAACAUCAACGUAACUUUUCCUGGAAAUAAUGUUACUAAACUUCAUUUGUCAAGAAGGAAAACUUGUAUUAAUGAAAAUUUAAAACCUUAUGCUUCCAAAAAUUCUCUGACAUUCGCUGAUUCGUCUAGUGUAUUUUACAUAGCGGUUUGUUGUGCUGUUCUGCUAAUUUUGGUUCUGGGAGUUUUAAUAACAAUUUAUUAUGUAACUGAUAAAAAGAAUAAAGUGGCAAAAAGUAGUGGCACAGGUCCAGGAACCACUACAACGACGUUUCUAGCAACUUUGCCUAGAAACAGUGUUAAUAUUUCUUCUUAUGCCAGUUUCAGAAGAAUGCCUAGUUAUUCUUUACUAGAUGAAAGAUCAAAAGAUUUACAAGAAAGAAUAACAGACCUUACAGUACAAAGAUGCAGAAUUCGCUUAAGCAGUAUAAUAUUAGAAGGAACAUUUGGAAGAAUAUACCAGGGAUCUUAUACUAAUGAAGAAGGAAAUGAAGAUACUGUUAUAAUAAAAACAGUUGCGGAUCAUGCAAGUCAAAUACAAAUAUCUUUGUUGCUACAAGAGGGGAUGGCAAUGUAUUCAUUAAACCAUAAAAAUAUUUUAAGUAUUCUUAGGGUGUCUAUUGAAGACCAUACUGCUCCAUUUUUACUAUACCCAUUUAACAAUUACAAGAACCUAAAAAUUUUCUUACAGAAAUGUAAAGUAUCAUCUGAAGGUGUGCACCACACACUAACAACUCAAGAAGUAGUGCACAUGGCUCUGCAAAUCAUAAAAGCAAUGCAGUAUUUGCAUAAAAGGCAUUUACUUCAUAAAGACCUGGCUGCUAGAAAUUGUGUUAUAGAUGAUUCGCUGAAUAUUCAAGUUGCUGAUAAUGCUUUAUCAAGAGAUCUUUUUCCAUCAGACUACCAUUGUUUAGGAGAUAAUGAAAAUCGCCCCGUUAAAUGGUUGGCCUUAGAGAGUUUAUUACACAAAACUUUCACGCCUUCAUCAGAUGUUUGGUCGUUUGGGGUUUUGCUAUGGGAGUUGACUACUUUAGCACAACAACCUUACAUCGAAAUAGAUCCUUUUGAAAUGGCAGCUUACUUAAAAGAUGGCUACAGACUAGCUCAGCCUAUUAACUGUCCAGAUGAAUUAUUUGCUGUUAUGGCCUAUUGUUGGGCUAUGAGUCCUGAAGAGAGGCCUACUUUUACACAGCUGCAUGUAUUCUUACAGGAAUUCUUUGCACAAUUAACCAAAUAUGUUUGACAUCCAAUAAAAAUGAGCGCAAAAGUUUUAUUUUGCUACUAGAUUUAUGUUCCUUUGUCUUAAGUGCCAAAGUUGGGAAGAAAUGUUUUGCCAAAUAUGUAAAUUAUUGUUUCUAUGUGGUUUUUUAUUUAUAUGAAGUGUACUUAUCUUUGAUAUGUAUUCGUAUCAAUGUUUAGAUCUCUAUUUAGGAUAAAUAAAUGUCUACCUGAACCAGCCUGAACCUUUGCCUGAAUUUGUAAUUAUUUAAAUUUUAGGGGAUGUCUCUCUUUAUCUGGACUGUAUAUUGGGUUGCCUAAAUAGAAAUAUUUAAAUA